AUUACGUGUAGUGUGAUCGACACUGGUCUUUUUAGUAAGAUGCCUGCUCGCGUGGAAAGCGCCAUUGCCCCGUCGUCCGUGCUGCAAAUGAGCUUGCUGUUUCAUCUGUAUUGUGGAAUGCAACGCCCGCCCUCCGACCUCUCCCCCGGUAAUCUCGUCCGCAUCGUAGGCGUAUUCACUGGGGCGUCGACGUCUGGCUGGUGUUCCACCGAACGCCAUGGACUCCCUCAAGCGAGCGCUGAACCGGAUCUUCAAGCGCGGCAAGAAGAAUAAGCAAGAUCAGGACAAAGAACGACAAGAUCGCGCCGCAGGGACAUCGAGUACGAGCAAAGCACCGCAGCUUCCGCCCAUCACCAAUGCCUCGCUUCUACAGGGCUCGGGCGAUGAGCGCGACAAACCUCUUCCGUCUCCGCGUCCGUUGUCAAUGGGAAAGCAGUCCACACCGCAAAAAAGUGUGCCAGAGAGCGACGGAUCUCGGUCUGCUCUUCCCGUAGCGACAGCUGUUGCAGAAGACACGUCUGCAAAGCCCUCGGAAUCGAAAGCGCCAGACCUGGCAGCGGAGAAGAGGAGUUCGAAGGACGAUGCGCCCGUGACGCUUCAAACCCACGAUUCGCUCGCCUCGGCGACGACGAAAGAAGAAGCUGCAGCGGAAGACGAUACUGCUGCCCUCACAGAUCUGGACGAGCCGCCUGGGCCCCCGGCAAAGAGUGAUAGUGGGUUGAGCGGAGAGCAGACAGGUCAGUAAAUCCUGGCAGUAGACCUUCCGUCCAAACCACUCAUCAGCGCAAGCAGCAUCGGAACUACGCAAAGAGAACCACGCGCCGGCCGUCAAGACGGCGGAGGAGAAAGUGGCGGUAGCCAGCGAGGAGCCGCCGACGAUC